UCAACAAUCACCGACACUCUUUCUGAGGCACCCUAAUCCGGCAGGUAGCACCUCUCAGACCCCCCUUUUCCAUUCUCUGUCUGAGAGUCGAUACCAUAACAUCAACGCAUGGAUGCACUCGUGACAACCUUUAACUAUAUAUAUCAGUCAUGGCUUGUCAACAACAAUGGCUCCACGCCUCUCCUUGGCCUCGACGCCAUGCCCGCAACCGCAACAUUCCUUCAAGCUUCCUUUCUGCUCUGGUCCUCUCUGGCUCACUGGGUUCGCUCGGUCCCCGUGAAGAGAGACGACUGCCCUGGAUACAGAGCGAGCAAUGUCCAGAGGACGGAUCGUCGUGUCACUGCCGACCUGACCUUGGCGGGUGAGCCGUGCAACAUCUAUGGAGAUGACCUUCGGAAUUUGAGGUUUUUGGCCGAAUAUCAAACAGACUCGAGGUUACACGUCAUCAUAUAUGACAAGGAAGAAAGAAUCUAUCAAGUCCCAGAAUCCGUUGUACCUAGGCCAGGAGCUUCCGCCAACGAUGAACAUUCCGAACUGGAUAUCGUACUGGAAGAAAACCCAUUCUCAUUCACUGUGAUCCGCAAGGAGAACAACGAGCAAAUCUUCACAACCAAGGGCACCAACAUUGUCUUCGAAACGCAAUAUGUACGGCUGAGAACCUCUCUACCAAACAACCCUGCUUUGUAUGGGUUGGGCGAACACACAGAUUCUCUACGACUGCCUACUUCAGGUUACUCCAGGACCCUUUGGGCACGUGAUGCAGGCGCGGUGCCUCAGAGAUCGAACCUGUACGGCACGCAUCCGGUGUACUUUGAACAUAGAGUCGAUUCUGGAAACACCCAUGGCGUCCUGAUGCUGAAUAGCAAUGGAAUGGACAUCAAGAUUGAUAAUAAUGAAGGCCAAUACCUAGAGUAUAACAUGCUUGGUGGGGUCAUUGACCUUUACUUCCUAGCCGGGCCGGACCCCUUCGAUGUGCCUAGACAAUAUAGCGAGAUCUCCCAGAAAGCAGCCAUGAUGCCAUACUGGGGUUUCGGGUUUCAUCAAUGCAGAUACGGUUAUUCGAGUAUUGAUGAAGUCGCAGAAGUUGUUGCGAAUUACUCUGCACAUAACAUUCCUUUGGAAACGAUGUGGACUGAUAUCGAUUACAUGGAUGGGUAUAAAGUCUUCACUCUUGGCGAGAAGUUCCCCCUACGCAAAAUGAGAGAGUUUGUCAACCAUCUUCAUGGAAAUGACCAGCAUUACAUCGUCAUGGUUGAUCCAGCUGUUGCAUAUCAAGAUUAUCCCGCUUUCAACAAUGGGAGGGAUAAGGACGUCUUCCUCAAGAGGAACGAUGGCAGCAUCUAUAGAGGCCGUGUCUGGCCUGGCGUUACAGCUUUUCCUGACUGGUUCCAUGAGAACACUCAGGGCUAUUGGGAUAAUGAAUUCGCGACCUUCUUCAGUGCCGAAAACGGCGUUGAUAUUGAUGCUCUUUGGAUCGACAUGAACGAGCCCUCCAAUUUCUGCAAUUGGCCUUGCGAGCAUCCAGAGAUGGAGACUCAGCAAGAGCAGGGGUUUGAAGAUCUUCGCGAGCUUCGCAAAAGACGCAUUAAAUCGCGUUCGAAAGUCACGGAAAGGGAACCUCUCCAACAUGCAGAUGUCGUGAAGAAUGCGCCUCGGCAGAACAAUGGCGGCAAGAAAAUAGGAUUGCCCAAUCGUAACCUCACUGUCCCGCCAUACCGGAUUGGUAACACUUUCGGCGCUCUCAGCCAAAAAACCGUAGACACUGACCUCAUUCAUCGAGGCGGUUGGGCAGAGUACGACACGCACAACUUAUAUGGUACAAUGAUGAGUAAAGCUAGCGCUCAUAGCAUGCUCCAGAGACGUCCCAAUAAGAGACCCAUGGUCAUCACAAGGAGCACAUUUUUAGGUGCAGGAAACUACGUGGGUCACUGGCUGGGAGACAAUGUGUCCGCCUGGGAUCAAUACAUAACGUCUAUCCGCCACUUCCUACAGUUUACAGCCUUCUUUCAAGUUCCCAUGGUCGGAGCCGACGUAUGUGGGUUCCUCGAUGAUGCCACCGAAGAGCUCUGUGCCCGUUGGACAACUUUGGGAGCUUUCUACCCCUUCUACAGAAACCACAACGUCGCAGGCGCACGGUCUCAGGAGGCCUAUCGAUGGGAGUCGGUAGCUGCGGCUGCCCGUAAGGCGAUUGAUCUUCGGUACAGACUACUUGAUUACAUCUACACGGCACUGCAUCAGCAGCAUGUAGAUGGAACACCUUUGGCGGCCCCCAUGUGGAUGCACUUCCCCGAGGAUUCCCAAACCCAUGGCAUCGAGACCCAGUUCUUCUACGGCCCCUCACUCCUCGUCAGCCCAGUCACACAACCCGGUUCCACAUCCGUAUCCGUCUAUCUCCCCGACGAUCUCUUCUACAAUCUCUUCACCUUGGAGCCCAUCCCAGCCGAAGCCGCCAAGUACGAAUACAACGAUAUCACCGUCACAGAUAUCGUCGUGCACAUCCGCGGCGGCUCCAUCAUCCCCGCUCGAAUCAACAGCGCAAUGACGACCAAGGGGCUGCGAGACCAGGACUUUGAGCUCCUCGUCGCUCCUGAUCAUGACGGCAAGGCGUGGGGUUCGUUGUAUCUGGAUGAUGGCGAGAGUAUUGUGCAGGAAGGGACUAGUGAGAUUGAGUUCACGUUUGAUGAUGGGGUCAUUAGGAUGGAAGGGACUUUUGGCUAUGCUACUAGGGUGGGUGUUCGGCGAGUGCUGGUAGCUGGGCCUGGUGGCAGGAAGAUGUAUAUGUUGAAUGAGGGUCUGGAUGGGCCGUGGGAGUACGAUCUUUCGAAGAUGAGGCCGACGACGGCGUAAAGCACAUGUUGCUUGGGUGGCUUAGCAUUUCUUUCCUCUUUUCCUUACUUUUUCCCUCGUUCUCUUUGCGGGAUUGCAAGCGUGGCAUGUUCAUGGCAUAUUGAUGCAUGGGAUAUCUAUCAAAUUCCUUUUUCUCAUAUGAAUUGCAGCUAUUCUUUU